UCUUUAAUUUGCUCCGACAUUAGCGAACUAGUAUCAGCAUGAAAAGUAGCAUGUGUGCGCCAGGAACCUAGAAAAGUGACUAAAAAGCAGAGGUUUACUGCCAACACUGACACCAAAAUUACAGUUUUUGUCAUUUAUCAUGCAGCAUGUCAGAGGCAUUAACCCAGCGAAUAAAGGAGCUGGAGGCAGAGCUGGAGAAGCUCAAGUCCCAGCUGAGGGAGAGGAGUGGAGCUGAAGAGGACAUGGAGGUGACUUCUAGUCCGUGCACUGAUGAAAACACAGACUGCAAACCUGAUGGUAACAGCAGCAGCAGCAGUAAAAAGGGUAAGAGAGCAAACAAGGAGCGUCCUUUCGACUUCUCUGCCCACCCUAAGCGCCAUGUGGCUCUGCGGCUGGCGUACUUGGGGUGGGCCUACCAGGGCUUUGCGGUUCAGGAGAACACAGACAACACUGUGGAGGCCAGACUCUUUGAGGCUUUGCUGAAGACUCGGCUGAUCCAGGACCGACAGAGCUCCAACUAUCACCGGUGUGGUCGCACUGAUAAAGGAGUCAGUGCGUUUUCACAAGUCAUUACUAUCGAUUUACGCUCCACACAGUUUUGCGGAGGACUGGGCGUCACACUCCCGGAAAAUGUUGAUUUAAGUACCAAGAACAAAGCCCCUGUCUCUGAGGUCCCAUAUGUGAAGAUGCUGAACAGAGUCCUGCCCCAGGACAUCAGGAUCUUGGAUUGGGCACCGGUAGCCGAGGGUUUCAGCGCACGCUUUGACUGUCAGUCCCGCACUUACCGGUACUACUUCCCUCGAGGAUCUUUGGAUGUGGCGCUGAUGGCAGAGGCUGCUAAAAGAUACGAGGGCACUCACGACUUCCGCAACCUGUGCAAAAUGGAUGUGGGCAACGGAGUCCUGCAGUUUGAGAGGACCAUCUUGUCCGCAUCAGUCAAGCCUGUGCAGCCUCAGCACACCUGCAGCACAGAUCAAUAUGACCUCUUCAUAUUUGAGAUAAAAGGAUUAGCUUUCCUUUACCAUCAGGUACGAUGCAUGAUGGCAGUGCUUCUCCUGAUAGGGCAGAAACUGGAAUCCCCAGAGAUAAUUACUCAGCUCCUGGAUAUCCAGAGUAACCCCAGGAAGCCCCAGUACAGCAUGGCAGUAGACUACCCUUUGGUGCUGUACGACUGCCACUUUGAGGGUAUGAGCUGGAAACAGGAGACUGAAGAGGUGAACUACAUCCUCUCUGCAUUGCAGCAACACUGGACCCAGAGUGCAGUCAAGGCCCAUGUCCUCCUCGGGAUGAUCAAGGGUUUAGAGGCCACAGGUGCAGUAUCCUCUAACCAUUGCUGGCUAGUAGAGGGCAGCAGGAAGAGAAACUACCGACCAUUGCUUGAGCGUCCAUGCUGUGAGAGCCUGGAGUCUAGGAUAGACCAUUUUGUAAAAAGAGGCAGACUAGAGAGGGAGGAGGGCGAGAACGGAGGUGAAACUGUCCUCAAAGGAAAAAGGUCCAAACAUUCCCACAAUUCCCCCACUCUGCCUGUCUCUUCAGAGAUGCCGUCAUCAAAGCAAAGUACAGACCAUAAAGUGGAAGAUUAAUAUUUCAACACUUGAGAACUGGACUUGCCAAAGUUUGUUUUAUAACAUUUUUGUUUGUGUGAAAACAUUUUAUUUCCUUUUUAUUUCAGGACACAAAACAAAGGAUUUGCCUUUCUAUGUCCUAAAAUGGUGAAUUUCCAUUUUGUUUCAUGCAGAUAUUUCUUUGGCAUGAUAAUAAACAUGUUUUGAAAUAAAGUUGCUUUUGCUGA